UCGACACAGGUGAAUGCGUUCACACUUGACAAAGAAGUUGAGAGCGGAAUGAAUGCACCCUUGCUGCGUGAAACUGAUACAACAUCUCUGAGAUAAAUAAGUCAGUCGCUCAUCAGUUGUGGGAGUAGUAACAUGACGAACAAAAUCAAACGAUCAUAACACAAUGGAUAUACAUUUUGUUUAAAAGUUUGUGCGUUUAGUUUAUUUUUUAUUUAUUUAAAAUGAAGAUUCCAAGGAUUUCCAUAUUUUUGCAUCAAUUAUUUAUAUUUACAUUACUGCGGAAGCUGACGUCUGCUACCAGUACGAUACCACAUAAAACAUCAGAUGAUAUUUACUCUGACCCAUGUAAAGCAGUGGCAUACAGUGGUGAUAUAGCAUUGACAGACACCGACCUUAAAUAUACUAAAAGCAAAUAUAUAAAGGGAGGUAAUAAGGAAGAUCCUUUACACGAGUUACAAAUAGAAGAUCGACGACCAGAAAGUUUAGAACCGGUUGAUACAGACUUAUAUGAAAAUAAUGAAAGUACAUUUAAACAAAAUACUAAAAAAAAUAUAAGGAAACAAAAAAGACUAAAUAGAAAAUUAAAAAGACGUAGACGUAGAAGAAAGUGUAAUAAGAACAAAUUAUGCAGGAAAUCUAUGAAGAAAAAUCACCAAAAGAAACGGAGAACAAAAAAACAACGAAAACAGCGGCGAAAGCAUAUAAAGCAACACAUGUUUAACAAUAAUGUAAAUAUAACUGAUACUUCAGAAUCUAACUCAACGACACGGGUACGCAGGUCUUCGUUGUCAUCACGUAUACGCCGAGCGGCCACAGCGAGACCUGAAAGACUUUGGGACUUCGGAAUCAUUCCAUAUGAAAUUGAAACAAACUUUAGCGGUCAACAUAAAGCCUUGUUUAAAUUAGCUAUGAGACAUUGGGAAAAUUACACAUGUUUGUCUUUCAUAGAAAAGCAGCCAGAACAUACCAAUUAUAUUGUGUUUACAGAGAAACCCUGUGGGUGUUGCUCUUUUGUUGGUAAGAGGGGCAAUGGAGAACAAGCCAUUUCCAUAGGUAAAAACUGUGAUAAGUUUGGAAUAGUAGUUCAUGAACUUGGACAUGUUAUAGGAUUCUGGCAUGAGCACACUAGGCCUGACAGAGAUGAUCACGUGGAAAUUAUUACCAAAAAUAUUAUGCCCGGACAAGAGUAUAAUUUUGACAAACAACCCGAGAGUGAGGUUAACUCCCUUGGAAUGGAGUAUGACUAUGGUAGUAUUAUGCACUAUGCCCGAAAUACCUUUGCACGUGCUACAUACGUGGAUACCAUACUACCUCGUAAAAAACAGGAAAUGAUAAUCAGACCAACGAUAGGACAACGAGUAAAACUGAGUACAGGAGAUAUUGCUCAAGCCAACGCCCUUUACAGAUGUCCAAGGUGUGGUCGAACCCUUCAAGAAUCAAUAGAUCAAUUUUCCCAUACACCAUCCAAUGGUAAAGUGGAAAUUUGCCAAUGGAGGAUUUCCGCGACACACGGAGAAAAAAUCAUCCUGAAUAUUACUGCUCUAGACAUACCAGAAACAUCAUCAUGUGAAACAGAUUACUUGGAAGUCAGGGACGGUUAUUAUGUUAAAUCAGAAAUCUUAGGACGGUACUGUGGGAGUGUGCCACCAUCCACACUUAUAUCGACAGACAGUCGCCUAUGGUUGGAGUUCAGAUCAAGUAAAGGAGUGGGAAAAGGAUUCAAUGCACAAUAUGAAGCUAUAUGCGGUGGGGAGAUCCUGAAAGACAGAGGAACACUCACUAGUCCUAACUAUCCAGAUGAUUAUAAACCAAACAAAGAAUGUGUGUGGAAAAUCACAACAGAAGACGGUUUCUCUGUAGCACUCAAGUUCCAAUCUUUUGAAAUAGAAACACAUGACAAAUGUGUAUAUGAUUACCUUGAGAUCCGUGAUGGACAUGACGAAAACUCGCCAGAAAUAGGACGUUACUGUGGUUACAAAAUACCGGAAGAUAUCAAAUCUACAGGAAAUAAACUUUAUGUUAAAUUUGUGUCUGAUGGUUCCGUUCAAAAGGCUGGCUUUGCUGCGUCGUUCGUUAAAGAAUAUGACGAAUGUGCCACUGAUGACCAUGGCUGUGGACACAUUUGUGUAAAUACAUUGGGAAGCUACAAAUGUGAAUGUAAAAUCGGUUAUGAAUUACAUAGCGACGGAAAGAAAUGUGAAGAUGCUUGUGGUGGUUAUAUCGAUUUAUCUAAUGGUACAAUACAGAGUCCAUCAUUCCCAGAUUUAUACCCGCCCAAUAAGAAUUGUGUUUGGCAAAUUGUAGCACCGGACCAAUACCGUAUUACACUUAACUUAACUCAUUUCGAUAUGGAAGGAAACAAUGUUAGUACACAUAGCCUGCAAGAAUGUGAGUAUGAUUCAGUGCGAGUAAGUAGUGGAGUUGGAGCAGAAGCCACAGUUCAUGGUAUCUUUUGUGGAUCGCUCCUUCCUGUUCCGAUAACAUCUGAUGGUAACACACUCAGGAUAGAAUUCAACUCCGACAACUCCGUACAGAAAACUGGGUUCAAAGCCCUUUUCUCAACAGACAAAGAUGAAUGUGCUAUCAAUAGAGGAGGGUGCCAGCAUAUUUGUAAGAAUACUGUUGGAAGUUAUGAAUGUGCGUGUCACAAUGGCUACACCCUUCAUGAGAACCAGCAUGACUGUAAAGAAGGUGGAUGUCAGCACAGAAUUAAUGAUCCCGACGGUGAAAUAAGUAGUCCAAACUGGCCGGACUUCUAUCAGAGUAGGAAGGACUGUGUUUGGUACUUCAGAACAACACAAGGCCAUCGAAUUAAAUUAGAAUUUAAUCAGUUUGAGAUCGAACCCCAUCCCGAGUGUAACUACGAUCAUAUAGAGAUAUUUGAUGGAGACAGUAGUAAUGCUAGGAGUUUAGGGAAAUAUUGCGGAAGUAAAACACCCAGACCGAUUCUGUCCAGUGGCAAUACUAUGUUUAUGUUAUUCUACUCAGACGCUUCAGUCCAACGGAAAGGAUUCCUUGCUCAAUAUUCUUCAGUCUGUGGGUGUAGAUUAAUAGCACAAGAAACCCAGCAGUAUUUGUACUCCCAUGCUAAAUUCGGUGACCAGAACUAUGACAAUAAAAUGGAAUGUGAAUGGAGAAUCAGAGCAUCCAAAGGAAAACACGUCAAAUUCUACUUUGUGUCGUUUGAAAUCGAAGAUGAAAGUGAAUGCGAUUACGACAAUGUUGAAAUAUUUGACGGCGCCUAUGAUAGAGACCGGCCUAUUGCAAGUUAUUGUGGAAGCAAGAUUCCAAAAGAAGUAAUCUCUUCAGGUGAGGAUUUGUUGGUGAGGUUUCGUUCUGAUGAUACUAUAAAUUGGAAAGGAUUUUCUGCAAUAUAUAUUGAAACCGAGUCAGAAUUUGAUGAGUUUGGGGAGACGAAAGAACUGCCGCUACUGGAGUGAUGACUUUUUAAUAAUGAAAAAUUACCAAUAAGUCACGAAAUCCCAUUUCAAAGUAAAAGAAGUAAAUUCUUGAAAUUGCUUUGUUGUCUUAGAGGUUAACGAGUAGACAACAGUUAACAAGGAAAAUGUUUAUUUUGUUGGAAAAUACUUUUUCGGAUGAUAGUAUAGACAUUCUUUAAUUUAGUCUUCAGGGAAAAGGACACAAAAUUCAAGAUAUUGACAAUUGUUGGUGUAUGUAAACUGUAUUGUGUUGCACUAUGUAUAGUUUUUGAAAGAUAAUUUAACGUGGGUAUUUCUUCAUUUUUUAUGCAACUGUGCUAAGUACUUGCAUAGUCCGUAUAGGAUUUAUAUUUCCUCUGCUAAGUACUUGUAUAGUCCGUAUAGGAUUUAUAUUUCCUCUAUUUGAGGAGUUUUUGUUGUGUUUGUUUGCAUGACUUAACGAGGAUGAAUAUAACUUGUCUCAUAUUUGUUACGGAUAUGUUGUUGAUUAUUUGUUAUAAUUUACUGUUGUAUAUACACAUAUGUAACAAUCAAGAAUUUGAUGUCAGCAAUAAACUAAAUAACUUCUUUGUAAAAUAAUGGUA